AUGCAGGACCAUACCUCCGUGUCCCUCAUUGCUCCAACGAAGCUCCAAACCAUCAACUGGCCAAGGCCUUAUGACUCCGCCAGUGUCACUCCCUAUUCAGUCACAUCAGAACCAGGGUCUCUCGGUCCUAAGGCCAGCAGCGGGAACAAGGAUGGUGGUGGGGAUGGGGAUGGCUUAGCAGAGAUCCACUUUGAAAGCUGCCCACCCAUUCGAGCAAGGCUUGUGAUUGGAGCCGAUGGCUCUCGAUCACGUGUCCGCUCCCUCGCACACCUCCGCACCAUCGGAUGGCCGUACCACCAGCGAGGAGUGAUCGCGACCGUCGAUCUCGCUUCCCCCAGCAUCACAGCCUGGCAGCGGUUCCUCCCUUCAGGCCCUCUCGCCCUCCUCCCGCUGGGGGAUCACUUCAGUAAUGUCGUGUGGUCGACCACCGAAGAACACGCCCUUAAGCUACAAUCCAUGAGCCCUGAGGAAUUCGCAUAUGCAGUUAAUGAGGCGUUCAGUAAAGAGUUUCCAGCACAUGGGCUCUCUCAAGGGGGUUUAAAGCUGCCUUCUGUGCUUCCCUCUGCUGCUUCUGUUGCUGGUGCUGGUGCUGCUGCCGCCGCUGCUGCUGCUGCCGCUGCUGCUGCAGCUGCGGGAGCUGUUUCUGCUGCUGGUGCAGCAGCAGCAGGGAACUCACUUACUUCUGCUAUUGCAUCUGCAUUCUCCCUACAAUCAUUCUUGAGACAAUCUCCCUCUAAUCCCCUCUACAGUUUUAGUGAUACGGACAAGUUUAGUAUGCCUCCGGAAGUUUUAUCGGCUCGAAGCAAGGUUCUUUCGUUCCCGUUGUCGCUACAGCAUGCCGGCUCGUAUGUUGCACCGAGAUGUGCUCUUGUGGGGGAUGCAGCACACACGGUGCAUCCUCUGGCAGGACAGGGAGCCAACCUGGGAUUCGGGGAUGUUGCGGCACUUGUAACAGUGCUGGAAAAACUGGUGGAAGUUGGAGAGGACAUUGGAGAGGAGGCUGUUGUGAAGAAGCGGAAGGUGAUGGUGGCACUUGAUGGCAGCGAGUUUAGCCGCCAGGCGUUCGACUUCGCCGUCGCAAAGAUCUUCCGACCGGAGAAGGACCUGGUGGUGCUGUUCAACGUCCGAGCUGCUAGCGGCGAUGCUGGCGCUGAGAACCCUAUUCUGGAGGAGUAUAAGAAGCUGGCGGAGGAGAAAGAAGCACCAAAGGUGUUCCCGCGCAUCGGAACCCGCGACCCCUACAAGCGCCUCGGGCUCGGCCGCGACGCGUCGACGGAGGAGAUAACAGAGGCGAAGAACUACCUGGUGGAGGAGUACAAGGGCCACGAGCGGAGCCGCGAAGCCAUCGAGGAGGCGUUCGACAAAAUUAUCGCGGAGAAAUUCAGAGAGCGACGGAAGUCCAAGAUCAACCUGAAGGCGGAUCUCAAGAAGAAGGUGGCGGAGGCACCGCCCUGGAUCCAGGCGCUCAUCGACAUGGUGGAUGUGCCCAAGCCGGCGGUGAUUGCGCAGCGUGGAGUGCUCUUUGCUCUCAUCGCCGUCUGGAGUAUCAUGAACCCCGCCGAGGGCGGCCCAGCCUUCCAGGUUGCGGUGGCUCUGGGUCUCUCAGUGUACCUCAUCAACGAGCGGCUCAAGAGCAUUACUAGAGCACUCAUUAUCGGGUUCGCCACGCUCGUGGUUGGCUGGAUCACCGGCUCUUUCCUUGUGCCGUUCAUCCCGGAGGGUAUUUUCCCUGGCUUCUGGAGUCUUGAGCUCGGCACUUCCCUUGUCACCUACGUCUUCCUCUGGUUCUCCACCACCUUCCUCAAGUGA